AUGCCACCAAGAACACGUAACCCCUCUUCUGCCCAUGGCUCGCCUCUCAGUCCACCUGGCGAAGGAUCAAGACCUGGUCAAACCUCUCCUCUUGCAUCGGCUCAACGUUUCCGACGUCCACCUCCAGAAGACCCAGUGGCUGCCAAGUUUGUCCACGACAAGACUCCUGAUAGGCCCCUGAUCCUUGGGUACCAUUACACCCUUUUGGAUCUAUCACCAUCGGAUCUUGUUUCAGAGUCUAUGGAAGAAGACGUUGUCGAAGGGGCAAAGUGUAAGAUUCAGAUUUCCUCAUACGUCUUCUGGUAA